UUGUACAUACAUACAUAGUAUUAAAAUUUAAUUAUUUAAAUAAAAUUUUCUGAAAAUAAAACAAAAGCGAAAAAAAUGUGUUCAAUGUCAGUGCUGUGUCCAUUAUGCGCCCAAACAAGCUUUUCAAGUAUAGACGCUCUGCGUUGUAGUCUGAUUAAGGCCGCUAAUGGGCCAUUGGCAUGUCCCAUAUGUCAUGAAUUGUUUUUGGGUUUGGAUAAAUUGACAAUACACUUGUUUAGUCAUACAAAUAUUAUGAAUUCUGCCAACAAUGAAAUAAAAACAACAACACAAACAACGCCAAAAUCUGACCACCAAAAUAUACAAAAUAUUGAAAAAUUAAAAACCCAAGAGAUUGAAAAUUCAAAUCAUAUAAACAACAAUAGCAGCAACUGCAAUGAUAUUACAAUAACACAAACUCAUUUAAAUGAGGAGGUGAAUUUCGACAAAACACACCACCACCACCACAUCACCAGCAGUGAGAAAAACAUGAUCAAAAAACCAAAAGUAGCGGCCAAAGCAGAAAAGAAAAUUAUAAACAAUAUGCAUACAACUCAUCAACAUCAACAAGUUGUUAUGGGCGGCAGAGAUCAAGAGGAACCAAGGGAAAUUGAAAAUUUAGCCCAAUGUGAUAUUUGUGAAUUUACUUUUCGUAACGAAGAAUUAAGAAACAUGCAUAUACGUUUGGUACAUCAAAACUUCGAUUGGCAUGCCAAUUUAAAGGACAGCUUUAACAACGUAUCACCCACAAACUCACCACUAAACAACUGUCAAAAUUCAACUCUAGAACAUGAUUUUAAAUGUCAUUUAUGCGCCAAAACUUUCAAAAUGAAAGGUUCUCUAAGAGUUCAUUUGAAAGUGGUGCAUUUAAUGGGUCUGCCGUAUGUUAAUAAUUCACCGAAAUUAACCAUAUGUGAUCGUAUACGUCAUAAAGAAAAUAAAAUGGUGAAAACAGCCAAUCCCAGCAAUAGUAACACACAAAUGCAACCGGAAAAUCUGCAAACAACAUCACCUACCCCCAACAACUAUAAGAGCACUAACAAUAACACUCUAUUUAAUAUACAGCCUGUUAACUUUAUAUCCAACUUAAACUCAUUACCAGUUGCCUCAAAUGUCAGUGUGGUGAAUUUAAAUCAAUCCUUAGAAUUUCCCCAAAGUAACUUGGAUAGUACAGCGUUGCAAACAUCAAAUGUUUUAUUGGUAUUUAAUUCAUCGGCCUCGGCGGAAGUGGCUCAAAAUUUGAAUUCAAUUUCGAAUAAUAUCAGCUCUAAUGCCACCAUUAAUGUCGCAAUGCCUUUAUCUUCUCCUACAGACAAGGAUGUGACUUCAAAACUCUGUGCGGGUUUGAUUAAUGCAACUGAGAAUCCUAAGAUUUGGGAAUGUGAUGUUUGCUCGAAGGCAUUUACCACCAAAUAUUUUCUUAAGAAACAUAAACGUCUUCAUACAGGUGAAAUGCCAUACACUUGUGAAUUAUGUGCUCGUACUUUUACAUUUCAACAAUCCUAUCACAAGCAUUUACUUUAUCAUAGCGAUGAAAAGCCUCAUGUCUGCUCCACCUGUGGUCGGGCAUUCAAAGAACUUUCGACGCUGCAUAAUCACGAAAGGAUACAUAGCGGAGAAAAACCAUUUAAAUGUGAAGUUUGUGGCAAAAGUUUUCGUCAACGUGUCUCCUUCCUAGUCCAUACCCGCAUACAUACCGGUGUUAUGCCCUACAAAUGUGAAAUCUGCCAAAGAAGUUUUCGCUACAAAGUCUCGCAACGCACCCACAAAUGUCAACCGUUUUCGGCAGAAGAAUCACCACCACCUAACGACGAAAACACCAUCGAUCAUAUGUCGGAGAAUUUUAUUAAAGCAUUUCUUGAAACUUCAGUUGCAAAUCAAACAGAUUCCCAUCUAAAUCAAUCCCACAAUUCACCGGCCAGCAAUGAAAUUGCUGCCAUAAAUGAAAAGGCAUCAUCGUUAAAAGAACAACAAGCUUUUCUUACAAAAACUAUAGACGAUAUUGUGGUGGAAUCCUGCAAUAAAAUGGGCAUUGGCAGUGAGACCUUUUCGGCGGAUCAGAUUGUAAAUGAGGGCUCAAUGUCACCAUCACAGAAAUUGCAAAAUAUGCGUUUGUAUUCACCGCAAUUGGUGACUCCGGAUUUGAAUGGAAUUGAGGGUGAUUUAACGAGAUUUUUCUUGGAAAAUUCUCAGGCAGGAAAUAAUUUAUUGUGAAUUAUACUUA